GUCGCAAUCAUUGUUUCUCUGCAGCAUUAACCACAUUCCAGAGAGGCGCAGCGCAUCCCGUCUUCAUCCCCGCAUUCCUUUUACGCAAACGAGUCCCCUGUGUAAAACGGUAUUUUAUUAAGAUUUUCGUGCGCUUUGUGAGCUCAGAUUUAUAUACAACGGACAUUUAUGGCGUAUCCGAUUAUCCGGCUUACUUAUUCCUUCCACGGUGAAUGUAAGCGAAACUAGAGGAAAAACCAACAAGGAGAAAUUCCUCCGCGCAGCGCGCCAUUGACUGUAAAGACCUUUCAACUUAACAAAAACUGAAGUUGACAAACGUAUCCCCGUCGGCUGAAACUGUGAGAAAGAGUUUGUUUUUUCGGCGAAGGGGGCAAAGCAGAGGAAGACGAUGCGGCACACGGUGGGGCUUUCUGAGUACGUCGGUGGUUUUCUGUAAAUGAGCGACGGCUGUACCGCGGCGUUUUGUUUUGAUUUCCAUGUGAAAUGCAAUUAGUGCUCCGCGGUGCUCGAUAGUUUGGCUCGCGGAGCGGAGCACACUCUGAACUUGUUUCUCGCCUCGGGAGCACAACAUGGAGCAUUAUCAGGAAGAUCUGGGACUCUUGAUGGAGGACCUUUCCUUGUAUGAUGCAUAUAAAGACGGGAUGUACAGCGGGAGGAGAGACUUGGUGAUUAACCCCGAUUUGGACUUUUCGGCUCCGGCAGUGGCGGAGCAUAAAAGUAAGCCAAUGAAUGGUACCUCUGUGCUUCACCAGCAGCAUCACACAGUGGAGAAUUUCACGUCUGGGAAUAAAGUGUACAACGCGGCUCCGGUGCGUCCUGUGAAUUGCAGCCGGACCGUUCCAGUGGAUUUUUGUGCCCCUCAGAGAGACGCGGUUUAUAGCGAGGAGGGCUGCUGCACCAAAUCCGAAGUGGCUUUGCCGUGCUACACGGGCGCUUCCGAGAGGCACAGGAGAUACUCUCAGGAGGUGCAGGGCCACAGGUACAGCACCGGCUCCAACUUCGACGGGGUGCCUCUCAACAAACCGGUGGCUCUGCCCGGCAACAGGUGCAACAGUGUCUGCAUAACCAGCAGCCACGACGGGAGGUAUAACGCCACCAGUCCCCGGUCCAGCCUCGCGUCUUCUCUGUCCUCUCAGGAGCAGAGCAAGCAUGUCAGCCCGAGGUCUAGCAUCAGCAGCCCGCGUACUAGUUUGGUGGUACCGGGUCAGGACAGGUACACGAGCCCCAGGUCUAGUUUAGUUCACUGUGAUGGUAGUAGUGUGCACAGUCCCAGAUCCAGCUAUGCAAGCACCGCCAGCGACACGAGCAAACACUCCAGUCCCCGAGCCAGCCUCAACAGCUGUGACUGCUGCAGUAAGCCCAGCAGUAAUCGCACCAGCGGCAUCAGCAUGGGCUACGACCAGAGGCACACCAGCCCCAGGUCGAGCACGGCUAGCCAGUACUCCUUCACCACCAGCCCGAGAUCCAGUUACUCUGACUCACGGUACGGGCCCGUGGUCAACCACGAUCUGGAGGGGGCCAUUCUGCAUGCAGCGCCAUUGGCGAGUCCUCGGUCAAGCAUCUGCAGCCAGGAUGGCAGCGCAAGACCAGGGACCACCGCAAACUGUGUGGUCAGUCCCCGGUCCAGCAUCUCCAGUCACAGCUCCAGAAGUUCUCGUAGCUCCAGGGGGUCUAUGAGCACCUACCCGGACCUGCAGCUGCCCUCACCCAGGUCAUCGAUGCUGGGCAGCAGUUUACACGAGGACACUCUGCUGCAGGAGUUUGGAGACUCCAAUGGGAUCCAAAAUCGCAUCCAUCUUCAAGGCCUGCCGGCAGUGCCAGAGCCCCAGCAGCAGUCACCACAAAUGGGGGGGACUGCGGAGAUGACAGCGGGGUCUCCAUCAUCAUUUAGUUAUGGGAUGUCCUCUAAAACGGCUUCAUCAGGCCAGAGAUUUAAGCUGCCUUACCAGGUGACCCCCAGCCGAGAGACUGGGCCAAGCCAGGCGGAGAGACGGCUGGAGGCGCUCACUUUGGAGCUGGAAAAGGAGUUAGAGAUGCACAUGAAAAAGGAAUACUUUGGUAUCUGUGUCAAAUGUGGGAAAGGUGUGUAUGGAGCCAGCCAAGCCUGUCAGGCCAUGGGCAACCUGUAUCACACAAACUGCUUCACCUGCUGCUCCUGUGGGCGGAGGCUGCGAGGAAAAGCGUUCUACAACGUCAACGGGAAGGUCUAUUGUGAGGAGGAUUUUCUGUACUCUGGUUUCCAGCAGACAGCUGAGAAGUGUUUUGUAUGUGGACACCUCAUCAUGGAGAUGAUCCUCCAGGCACUAGGCAAGUCCUACCACCCCGGCUGUUUCCGCUGUGUGGUGUGUAAAGAGGGUCUAGAUGGAGUGCCUUUCACUGUGGACGUUGAGAACAACAUCUACUGUGUCAAAGACUACCACACGGUUUUCGCUCCCAAGUGUGCCUCUUGCAACCAGCCCAUCCUUCCAGCCCAGGGUUCUGAAGAAACCAUCCGAGUAGUUUCUAUGGAUAAGGACUACCAUGUGGAGUGUUACCACUGUGAGGACUGUGGUCUCCAGCUAAAUGACGAAGAAGGCCACCGCUGUUAUCCACUGGAAGGCCACCUGCUCUGCCAUGGCUGCCACAUCCACCGGCUCCAGUCACAGGUCCCUCCCCACCUGCCCCCCAGCUACCCCCUCCAUGUCACAGAGCUGUGAGGGCGAGGAGGGUGGGCAGCAACCAAUCCCUGCCUUCCAGGUGAUUGUAGACACCAGCAGCAGGAAGAAAAGACCUGUGCUCCCUCCAGCAGUUCCAGGGAGGCCUCUGAGCUACUGCCUCUGGACCGUGGACAAACACACAGUGUGCAGCUUCCACCACAAACCCUGCUUUCACAUGACAGGGCUGGUAAAAAAAAAAAAAAAAAAAUCAAGAAAACGGUUCCCCUCCUCCAUCUGUGGUCUUUUCCUCCCCUCUUUUCCUGGGGUGCCUAAACCCCGAAAGCCAACACACCAGCUCACCCAGAGGCCCCCGGUGACGUCACACCUCCCGACCCCUGCACACUCAUCAAAGAGAGGGCUUUUGGAUCGGAGGAAGAGAUCUUUCCUCGCUUCCCUUACUUCCUUUUCAUGUUUUUCAUUCCUGUACUCUGGCUGAAGCGGUUUACCGCAGUGGAUUCACAUGCACUGCUGAUGUUACUGUGGGGAAGACCAGGGAAGGAGCCUCUACAUUCCAGUCUUGGACCAGACAGACCCCGGGGUGGGCAUGCUGUGCCUUCAGAGCGGGCUCUCUUUGUGCAGCUUCUAACACUGAAAUGGAGUCCUGCUAAAGGCUAUGCAAAGGACACCCAGCAUCAUGACCGAGGACCAUGAGAAGAACUAUUAACUCAUCGCUCCUCAUCCUGCAGCGCCCCAAAAUAACAGAUGCGCCGUAGCACCACAAGCCAGAGAACCGACCGACAUUCCACUUAGAAGUCUUAGACGAGACCUCCAGAGAUUCACAAGCAGUGUCUUAAUUAAUGAUUAUAUUAUGACAGAAAAAGAAGAUUUUAGAUGCACAUAGAUUGUCUUUUAUAUAUGAAUAUAUAUUUUGCAGAUGUUUUCCACAUAAGAUCAUAGAUGUAGAUUCUCUCUUUUUUGUUGUUGUUGUUGUUGUUGUUGUUGUUGUUGCUGCCCUCACGAUAGGUUCAGAAGUGAAACAUGCUGUCUGUCAUGCAGGCUGAAGCUUCUGAAGAUUUUGGGUCUGUUGUAUCCUUUCUCCUCCAGGACACAGAGCUUGUUCAUGUCUGUCAGUGGUUCAUGGAUCCGCUGGCUUUGUAGGAGCAGACCUGGCUCAAACAGGAUUUGUUAUCAAUUCUUUUAUUCCACUUUGAGUACUGAAUGUUUCGUGCCCAAAUCAAGUUGGCAACUGAUUUGUUCCUCUUAACAGUCAGACAUCAGUGCAUUCCUUGAUUUUCACUAUCUUAGUGAGAGGGUUAAACCUUGAGCAGCGUAUGUAUUGUAAAGUUGUUGUUACUAAAAAGUCAAAAUGAAGUCCAAAUUGAUUUUGAGUAAUCCCCUCAAAGUGUAAUAAUGUAUUGACAUUAACUUAACUUAAGGCUUUUCUGACUUUAUGUCCACGGUGCUUUUAUUUUUCCAAAUUAUCACACAGAGCUGUGAGAUUAAGAUUUAAGAUUAAUCUCAAAAUCUGGGAGCGUAAUUAGAAAUUGGUCUUUAAGUUCUAAGAUUUUGGCCAUUUGGGGGAACUCCUUUCUCUUUAAAGGCAUCUGGUCCAUCUGGUACUCAAAGAGGAAUCAAACAAUUGCAAAUACCUUUUGCACCAGAUCUGUAAAGGACACUGUUUCCUGGUUUACUUUCCAGACACUGGUUUUUGUCAUAUGAGCACUGAGAACACAGUGCAUUAGUACGAGGAACCUCCCCUUGUCCACAUGCCUUAAGACAGAACAGGUGUGUGUGUGUGUGUGUGUGUCACUCUGUCUGCUGUUGUGUUUUGGGAGGACAUCCCUGAAAACCCGGAGCUGCUGGUCCCACCCGUGUUUUUAGGGGGGUACCCCCAGGUUUCCCUCGCUGAUUGCAUGCACCUGUGUGUGUGUGCAUGUGAUGUGCACUUGGUUACUGUCGUCAAUAAGUUUUUUUUUGUUUUUGUUUUUUGAUUGGCAUUCAAUAGAUUCCUUCCCUGUAAGAUAUUUUAGGGAACUUCUGUUUUUGAAGAAAACUCUGCUCACUCUUGCACUGAGCAAAAAUUUGAGCUGCUGCACAUUUAUGCAGGUAAACCCCAAUUACAUGUGCUUAUUUGAAAUAUGAGCAAAUUCUGUAAAUGUGUGUGUGUGUGCGUGUGUGUGUGCGUGCGUGCGUGCGUGUGUGUGUGUACGUACUAGUGGCAGGGCCAUGGCACAUGCACCUCACUGUGUUUGCAGGCCAGCGCAGCACACUGACUCCUGCUCUCUCUGUUAGAACCCAGUGAUUUGAUGGCUGCAUUCAUUCAUCACAUACCUUUUUCCAGAUGUUAGCGUCUAAUUCUUGGUGUUUGUUCGGGCUUCUGUCCAGUACCAUGGUGGGGCUUGCACAUGUGCCAGUUAAUGUUCCAGUAAAUACUGAUAUAGCUUCCUGUAGCAAACUCCACUCAUCUGGUAUUCAAACAAGAAUAAAACACUCACCAACAGUUGUAUGCAAAUGCUGGCCCAGCUCUUAAUCAUACUGUAUGUCUGUACACACAGGUCUGAAUAGAUACUACUGAAUGUGUCCAAAACAGAGAGAGUGAAGCAGAGACUGAAGGCAGGGCUCACCACAGGCGGAAAGUGCUUUCUAAUGUAACCUGAUGUGAUGAGAUUCAUUCGAAUGUAAUAAUGCUUAGCGUUUGUUCUCUUCCUGGUUGUAUAUCUGUAAAAGCAGAAAAUAAGGACUGCAUAUGUGAGACAUUCCCCUUGUCAUUUGAUUAACCUCAGCUUUGUACAGGGGUUCUAGUCAAGUAAUGUGUGCCAUACUUGAAGAGUGAUCCAUUUUUUGAACAUGUCUGCACCAUAUCAACCCCCAAGAUCAGGGUUCAUCCCCUCUUAAAGAUACUUUAAUUCACCUAAAAGUACUACAUCAGUUUCUAUUGCAUAGCACACAGCUAGUUACCCUGUACAUAAAGAGGCUAGUUUUUUUUUCUAAUUUUUCUGUCAAAAAUCACUUGGAAAGGGAGAACUUCCUCUCUUACUGGUAGUUCCAACAAGCACAUCUCGACACGUGUCACACAUCGUUUGUAUCGCUAAGUGUUUUGAUUACCUAGAUGGUUCAUAAAAAAAGGAAACUAGAUCUAUUUAUCUAAACAUGAAAAAGUCUAAAGUUAUUUAAUGUAUUAAAAAUCGGGACGUAUCAUUUAACUGUAGAUGACAUAAUCUGCUUUUUCAAUAAAGUGGUUUUGUAGCUAACUGCAAAAAAUGUGUUUAUAUCAUUUCUGCUGUUGGGAACUUUCUUUAUAUACAGUAUGAAAUCUGCCACCACAGAAUCACACCCAGUUACAAGAUACUGCUGAAAUGAAAUUGUAACACUUUCAUUGUACA